AUGAAUACUGAUCUUGAAAAUAUUAAUAAUAAUAAUUUGCAUAAUAAUUGGAAACUUCAUCGAGAUUUGAAGUCAAACAAGUUAUUAAUGGAUAAACGUGGUGUUUUAAAAAUAGCCGAUUUUGGUUUAGCAAACUCAAGGGUAAUGCCACAUGAAGUUGUUACAAGAUGGUAUCGAUCACCUGAAUUACUUUUGGUUGCAAGAAAAUAUGGGACUGGUGUCGAUAUAUGGGCAGCCGGUUUAAUUAUAGCUGAAUUGCUACUUUGA